AUCUUUUGGUGAAAAAUGUCAACAUUCAGAUUUAUGGUGUUGGAUUACUUUAUGUGAUGGUUGUAAAAAUAUAGAAAGCGGACCAUGGUGUUACCGAGGGAGAAAAUCGCCACAUUAGUGAUUUUAGACCUGGAGUGCACAGGACUUAUAAACCCAGGUGCCAGGCCGAGGGUGACGGAGUUAUGUCUGUUGUCUGUCCAGAGAGAGGAACUCUUGACCCCCGUAGGGUUGCCCCGUGUUUGUAACAAGCUGGUGAUGUGUAUCAACCCCAAAAAGAUGAUUGAUCCUACAGCAAGCAUUGUUACUGGUCUAUACAACGAUGCGUUGGAGGCUCAGUCACCAUUUGAUGAUGACACCAUCACCUCUAUUUCACAUUUUGUUUCUCGACUUCCUCAGCCUAUAUGUCUGCUGGCUCACAAUGGAAAUGGAUAUGACUUCAAGAUUCUGAAUGCUGAACUCAAAAGAAUUGCUCGUACUUUGCCAGGUGAGAUUUACUGUGCUGAUUCACUGGAAGCACUUCGUGCCCUUGAUACAGAAGCAGCAGACGUAUUAUCAGAUCCAGCACAAAAUACCAACAAUGGAGCUUCAACCGCAACACCUGUAGGACAGAACAUUCCCGAGGUGCCUGAGCAGGUUAUAGAUGUCAAAGGUCGAGUGAGACAGAAAAAACGCAAAUGUGACGCAGACUUUGACAGAGUCCCCAUUGAGGCCAAAUCUAUACGAAAAAGAUUAUUUGACUCCGCAGGAAAAAAAGAUGAUGAAAAAAAUGAUGAUUCAAUAGAUCUGAUUGGACAUAAGCCAAUAGGAUCAAGCUUGAAAAUGUCAGCAGAUGUCAUAAGUAAAAGAAAUACAUGUGACAUUGAGUCAGUGAAAAAGAGACUGAGUUUUGAUGAUGAUGAUGAGGAGGAAGAUGAUAGUGAAGACAAAGACGUAGAAAUGUCAGACUCAGAAGAAAACCAUAAUCCUCUAGAAGACAAGGAAAAUGUUCACAGUCAGCAUACCAUUCCUGCCUCUCAAGGGAGUCUGCCUGAUGAUGAUUUCCUACAAGCCGUGGAGAACAUAGAACAGUCACAAUCAGAAUCUCGCAACAAACUGAAUAGUGAGACUCCUAUAUGUCUGUUAAAAACUUCAGACUGUGUGACUCCUAAAGAACAAACUGUCAGUGUGUUAGCUAAUUGUGAGGGUCUGUGUACCCCUGAGACUCCCUCCACCAGUGGUCAAACCUUCACUACUGUGUCCAACCCACAGAAAGACCAGUGCCUUACCCCCAUGAAAGAACACUGUUUCACCCCUCAAAAAGAGCAGUGCCUGACCCCUAUGACGGGCCUGGUGCGCUCUACUGCAGCAUUUCAGCUAAAUACUCCAGUCAGUGGAAGAAAUGAAACAUAUAAUGUAGAGGCAGGAAAAAGAGCUGUCCCAAAUGGAAUGGCCUGUCGUUCACUCUUUAGAUCCACCACUGAAAACGCAUGCUCAGGAUUCAAACCAGGGGCCUCUCCAGUGUCCCGAUUUCCCCCGAGGGUAUCAUACAAACUUGUUGACAUUUACAGAAGAUCCUUUGGACAGGAUCCAGUCAAUCUCCAUAGUGCAGAGAGUGACUGUGUCACCCUGAUGAAAAUAAUCAAACAGCGAUCUCCCGCAUUUAUACAGUGGGUGGAUGAGCAUGCUGUCUUGUUAACUUCUAUACAACAAGCUUAUUAGGUAUUUAGAUUGUUUGAAAUUUGAGUACUUUUAAAAAAUAUCUGUCUUUUUUAGUGAA